UGUUCUUUUGUUCUCUCUGUUAAUGUGGUUCUUACCAUGCUUCGAUAACUAUGAAACAAAACCUGCAGGUUUGGCUUCCUCAAAAGCCUCUACUUUAUAUGGCUCCACUGCUCAUCCAGCUGGUCUUGAUAAACUGGAACGAGAGGAAACUAUCCCCCUUUUGCUUGGCGCAGAAGGAUUAACAAAGGAGAGCUUUGAUCAAGUUGGAAACUCUCAGCCUAAUGAUUCUAUAGUUAUUAACGUUGAUGAUUAUGGUGCUACAGGCGGUGGAGCUGAUGAUACUAUGGCGUUUGAGAAGGCAUGGAAAGCAGCUUGCGCCUCUACUGGGCCUGCCUCUCUAGUGGUGUCAAAUAAAAAUACUUAUCUCCUUAAAUCUAUAACAUUUUCUGGCCCUUGCAAAUCAAAUGUUUCUGUAAUGAUCGAAGGAACGAUAGAAGCGUCUUCGAACAUAGCGGAUUGGAGGAGCAAAAAUAGAAGGAUAUGGAUCCUUUUCAGUCAUAUAGAGAAUCUCAUAGUGGGAGGCGGUGGCACUAUCAAUGGUAAUGGGCAGGUUUGGUGGCAGAAGUCUUGCAAAAUAGAUAAAUCGCAACCAUGCAAGGAUGCUCCAACGGCCUUAACUUUCAAAUCUUGCAACGAAUUAACUGUGGAAAAUCUGAACGUGAAAAAUAGCCAACAGAUUCACAUCAAAUUCGAGAAAUGCAACAAUGUUACUGCCUCAACCAUCAGCAUUGAAGCGCCAGAGAAGAGCCCAAAUACAGAUGGAAUUCAUGUCACAGAAACUACAAAUAUUCAGAUAAACAAUUGCAAUAUUGGAACUGGAGAUGAUUGCAUCUCAAUUGUAAGUGGAUCUCAAGAUGUCAAAGCUACCAACAUUGUUUGCGGUCCUGGCCAUGGAAUCAGCAUUGGGAGCUUAGGAGCGAAGAACUCCGAAGCUCAAGUCUCAGAUGUUACAGUGGACACUGCACAGCUUCGCGGCACUAAAAAUGGAGUUCGGAUCAAGACAUGGCAGGGUGGAAAAGGCUACGCAAAGAACAUUAUAUUUGAAAAUAUUGACAUAGAUGGUGUCAAAAAUCCAAUAAUCAUUGAUCAAAACUACUGCGACAAAAAGAAGAAAUGUAUGCAGCAGAAAUCUGCAGUGCAAAUAAGCAAUGUGCAAUACAGGAAUAUUAAGGGAACAAGUGGUUCCAAGUUUGCGAUAAAUUUCAACUGCAGCGAGAGUUUUCCAUGCAAUGACAUAGUUUUGGAAGAUAUCAACAUAGUAGAUGAUGAUGAUGUUGAUGAUGCUGAAAGCUUCUGUCAAAAUGUCAAUUGGAGGAAGAAAGGAACAGUGAUUCCACCUCCAUGCAAUUUGAAUUAUAUUGACGAAUAUGGGCUCCUAUACUCUAGUCAUCUACCAUCUAUUGCUAAUUAUUAGGAAGGAUUGAUGUAUUUCUGAAUUAAUUUAAGGCUUUAAUGUAGAUUUUAGAAGAAGCUUGUAUGCAUGACAUUAACAGAUAUUUAGGCUUCAUUUGGGACGACUUUGUUACUGUUUCUUAAAGCCGUUUUCGAUUAUAAAACUUAAUUUUUGU